AUGAAUGUAACACCGUGCAAUAACAACAAGAGAUUAUCGGGACGACAGAAAGCUUUUUUAUCAAAUCCACCGAGCAGUCGGGCAUCAUUAAUUGCUGGAGCUAUUAAGCAAAAAUUUCAUCAUGAUUUUAACCAACGUCAAAAUUUCGGUCUAAAUGCUCCGUUAUUGAAAGCAAAACUUGCCAGAUAUUCAGAAGAAGAGUUAGAAGAGUAUCGUCAAGUAUUCAAUGUGUUUGAUACCGAUGGUAGUGGUGCAAUUGGUAUUGAGGAGCUGGAAAGUGCAAUGCGAAAUUUGGGUUUAGAACCACAGAAGAAUGAGCUUGAGCAAAUAAUUGAGGAAGUUGAUCAGAUGGGCAAUCAUGAAAUUGAUUUUCAUGAAUUUUGUGAUGUAAUGACACGAAUGAGUGAGAAGCAGAAUAGCUGGAAUGAUGUGACACGAGAAUGCUUCGCUGUUUUUGACAGAGGUGAAGGUGGUGUAGUAUCAAAGAAAGAUUUCCAAUAUAUUCUCAGUGAGUUGGGUGAUAUUCGUGAUAAGGCGGUAGUUGAUGAAAUAUUCGCGGAAGCGGACGUUGAUGGUGAUGGUGUUCUUGACUAUGAUGAAUUUACGUUUAUGGUGCGAAAUUAUAUGAUCGAUGAAGAUUUGGCUACAUGCAAAUGUCAUUAA